AUGUGGGGCUUCACCAAGGAUGGUAGGUUUUCUGUGAGAAGUGCCUAUCAUUUAGGCAAUGCCUUGGGAAAAUCUAUGGUUGGGGAAUGCUCUAAUAAAGAAGUUCAGAAGCAAAUUUGGGAAGGGGUUUGGAGACUAAAUGUACCUAAUCCUACAAAACAGUUUGUGUGGAAGGCUUUGAAGAGCAUAUUACCAAUGAGGCAGAAUCUAGUGCAGAGAAAAAUAAUUGAAGAUGCUACAUGUCAGAUCUGUCAAAGGGGUGAAGAAACAAUAUGCCAUGUCCUAUGGUCAUGCCCAGCUGCAAGUGAUGUAUGGGCAGAGAGUGGGAGUGGUCUUCAGAAAUGGCCUAGUGAAGAAAAAGACUUUUUUGUGUUAUGGUCUGAAAUGCAAACUAGAUUGCAGCAGAGUAAAUUAGAAGAAGUAUCUAUGAUACUGAGAGGACUAUGGACUAGGAGAAACAUGAUGAUUUUUGAAAGGAAGUUUGAGAGUCCAAGGAGAGUGCUUACUGCAGCAAUGAUCAGUCUUCAAAGUUUUCAAGGUGCUCAUGCUACACUAAACAAACUGAAGGGGUCUAAUGUUCAGACAAGAAAGGACAUCAAAUGGAAGCCACCAGAUGAAAGUGUUUCUAAGUUUAGUGGCAACUCUGAUAUGGUUGAAGCAGCUACUCUUUGGAGAGCUAUGGAGCUUGUUUUGGAGCUUGAUGUCAGGAUGGUGGUGUUUGAGGGAGAUGCUGACAGGGUGAUUAAAGGGGUAACAGAGGUAGGGGACAACUAUGCAUGGAUGGAGCAGCAAUAUGCCAAUAUACGGGGUAGGCUGUUAUUGAGGCCUGACUGGUCAGUGAGCUUCAUUCAUAGAGAAGGAAACUAUGUGGCACAUGCAUUAGCUAAGAGAGCAUUGAGUAUGGAAGGGGAGUGGUGCUGGAUUGAGGAUGGAACUUGA